AUGACCUCCUUCGAUCCGGACAAAUGGCUCUCGAUGCUCCUGGAAUGUCAGCACCUCCCCGAGGCCGACAUGAAGGUCCUGUGCGAGCGCGUGCGCUCCAUACUACUCGAAGAGUCCAACAUUCAACCUGUAACAAGUCCGGUCACAAUAUGCGGCGAUAUCCAUGGACAGUUCUGGGAUUUGCUCGAGCUAUUGAGGAAGGGUGGGAUGGUACCAGAGACGAGCUACAUCUUUAUGGCACACAGUCUGCAGGGUGACUUCGUCGACCGCGGGCACUACAGUCUUGAGACGGUGUCGUUGUUGCUCGUCCUGAAGGCCAAAUACCCCGACAAAGUCACAUUGCUGCGAGGAAACCAUGAGAGCAGGCAGAUAACGCAGGUCUAUGGCUUCUACGACGAGUGCCAACAAAAGUACGGCUCUGCUCAGGUAUGGAAGGCGUGCUGUAGCGUGUUUGACUACUUGAAUCUGGCAGCGAUUAUCGACGGCGAGACGCUAUGUGUCCAUGGCGGUCUCUCUCCGGAUAUCCGAACAUUAGACCAGAUUCGAGUCCUAUCGAGAGCACAGGAGAUCCCACACGAAGGCGCCUUCUGCGACUUGAUGUGGUCGGAUCCGGACGAUAUUGAGAACUGGGCCGUCAGUCCACGAGGAGCGGGUUGGUUGUUCGGAGGGAGCGUAACGCGAGAGUUCAAUCAUGUCAACUCCCUCCAGCUAAUCGCCCGGGCGCAUCAGCUCGUACAAGAGGGCUACAAGUACAUGUUUGACGAGCAGCUGGUCACAGUAUGGUCCGCACCGAACUACUGCUAUCGGUGCGGGAACAUGGCGUCCAUCCUGACGAUUCGCGAUGACGGUGAUCGAUCGUUCACUGUCUAUGAUGCUGCACCGGAGAACGAGAGGGAUAAGGGGAUGCAGAAGACAAGGAAGAUAGGAAAUAUGCCGUACUUCGUGUAG